UUCCCUUGGAACAUCACAUAACCGAUGUCUGCUCGGUUAUGUGAUGAGCUGUGUCCAAUCACAGCUGAUUGCAUCUCGUGAGGAGAGGAGAGCCGGUAAUUGGCAUUCCUCAGUGGGGGCAUGUACACUGAUCAUCAGGGCAUUGAUGAUCAGUGUGCCCUGAUGAUCAGUGUAGCCCCAGCAGUGCCAGCUGUCAGUGUCCAUCAAUGCCUGAUGUCAGUGCCCAUCAAUGCCACCUAUCAAUGCCACAUAUCAGUGCCUACCAGUGCACAUAAAUGCCACAUAUCAGUGCCCAUCUGAGCCGCCUCUCAGUGCCACCUCUCAGUGCCUCCUAUCAGUGCCAUAUAUGAGUG